AUGGAAACUCAAUUCGUUUCUGGCAUGAUAGAUGAGUGGUGUCGUCGUCUAUAUGAUUGGGAAAUUGAAGAGGUACGUGCCAUGCAAACCAUCAUUGAUCAAAAUGGGCCGAAACGUGAGCUACAGAGUGGGUUAAUGUGGAACAACAAGGAAAUGGCUUCUUACCCUACAAACGGCAUAUUCUCUACUCUCUACGAAUCUCUUACUCCACCAAUACCGAAAUCAAUAGCUUCAGUUGUAUGGCAAAAAUAUAUACCUCCGAGAGCACAAUUAACAGUAUGGCUGGCAUAUAAGGAGAAGUUAAAAACAGGAGAUUUCCUUGUAGAGAAAGGAAUCAUUAGCCCACAAAAUGCAGGUUGCCCCUUUUGCAGAACUGAACUGGAAACAAACUCUCACAUUCUUUUUACUUGCAGAUUUGCUUGGAGUACAUGGAUGGAAAUGCUUAAAUGGUGGAACCUAGCCGCUCCACUACAUAAAUCGUUUUCAGAUUUCAGCCUCCAGUGGUUAGGAUUGAUCAGCGAAAGGAAAUACAAAGAUAUCUGGCUUCUUUCUCUUGGUUGCGUAAUCUGGUCGCUGUGGUACGAAAGAAACAAGAUUAAAUUUGAGAACAAGAUCGUAAGCCUCGAGAAUUUUGUUAUGUCGCUGAAACUGAGAAUAGGAACCUGGGCAAAGGAAAUGAUGGGCUACUCUGGCUGUGCACCAAAUGUUAUUUUCAAUGCAGACUCCUUCAUACUGCGACCUUAA